UCUCUCUCUCUCUGAUCUAUCCAUCAUCCAUCCAUCCAUCUAUCUAUCAUCUAUUGAUCAUCUACCUGCCUACCUAUCUGUUGCCAAAAAUGUACAUCCUGGCAAAGGGAUCUAUCUGUCUUAUCAUCUCUCUGGUGCCAGAACCAACAACCACCCCUACAAUGCCAGAGCCCUGAGCCAGGGCAGUUAAAGUGGUCUCAAACUGGGUUAUUCCUGCCGUGAGGACGCAGCCCAAAGCUCUUCCAAAAGUGGGAGAGAGUCGUGGAAACUCAGGCGUCCCAAACAUUUUCUGGUGCCAUCCCAAAUGGGUCGUUCCUGGGAUGCCAGUGCCUUGAUCCAGGGCAGUUCCAGGGGUCUCAAAGUGGGUUAUUUGUGACACAAAAAGGGUCGCUUUCUCUCAGGUAAAAGAGGGGCUGAGGAGAUGGCUGCCUGACUGGACCAAACCCCACAUCGGUUUGUUUGUUUGUGUGCGCAAGUAUGAGUGGACUUCUCUGAUGGUGCAAGGAAAGAGUGCUCUGUCGGUAGUUACAGCCAUAAUAAUAAUAAUAAUAAUAAUAAUAAUAAUAAUAAUAAUAAUGAUAGAAGAUGGUGGUUAUCAAGGUGGCACUCUGGAAGGAGGGAGCACAAAUAGGGUGCAAAGGCCAGGUAAGGACUGGGAAAUGGGGGGCAUUUUGCGCCUCCACCUGUUGCCUCACGUUCCUGGAAAGGAAACAGGUGGGACGUUCCUCACCAAAAGGCUACUCCAAGUGGGACCCUCCAUGACCAACAGAGCCUUCAGGACAAGUAGCUACUGAGGGAAGAAGCCACGUCAUGCACCAAGGUGGGUACCUCACCUUCGCCCUCUCCAGCCUUUCCUGGCUGCUAAGGAUUUCAGAGGCUUUCUCUCUCCCUCUGUCUUUUUCUUUCUUUCUCUCUUUUGCAGGGAAUUGUUCGCUGCCAGGCGUGCUUCUCCUCCCGUGGCACCCAGGGCACAACCAGAGCCAUGCCGCGGUGGUGGGCCGAGGGCAGGCCCUGCGCUUGGAGAGCUCCGCCACUUUCCAUUCCUUGUUGGUCCAGGAAGGAGGGAUUGUUGCCUUUGCAGAUGAUCCUGAACAGCCCAUCACCUUAAGAGCUCAGAGCAUCCUCUUGGAGGAUGGUGGCGCACUAUACGUGGGGACUGCACAUUGCCCUUACCAUUCAAAGGCAACCAUCUCUCUCUAUGGGAAAUCCACGGAAGGAGCUGAUGUGGAAGGCUAUGGCCAGAAAUUCCUGGGUGUGGGAAGAGGUGGCAUUCUGGAGUUGCAUGGCAAGAAGCCUCGGCCCUGGACACUUCUGGCGAAAACGUUGUACCCGGGUGGGCUUCAGUACGGCCGCUACCUCUCUGAAAAGCGUUGGAGUAGCCGUGGCCUCAAUGUCCGGAUCAUUGAUGCAGGCACAGCCCAAGUGGUGGCUGCUGAUCGCUUCGACACGCACCUUCUUGUGGAUGAAAGCCGGCGCUUAAGGGAAUUCCUUGCCCAUCAGUCACCAGGACACCUGAUAGCCAUCGCAGUGGGAGAUUCUGCUGCAAAGAGUCUAACCCUGGAAAUGAGAUUCUUCCUCAAGAACCUGCUUCAUAGUGAACUAAUUCUCCAUCUGCAAUACAGACAGCCUUGGGCUCUGGUCGGGAUCCUUGGAGGUGAUGCAUCUUCCACCAUAGAAAAUGCAGAGCAGCCUCCAGGGAAUGGAACAGCAAGAUUGGCAAUAGCAGCAAAAGACAUGGAGACAUAUGAUGGCAUUGGCUUUAGAAUAACUGCCUACAGUGGAUGGAUCAAAGGAGUUCCUCAUCAUGGAUUUAAAGUUGAAGUUCUGGGUGGUGUAAUUUUACAUCUAGUGGAUGAAGUGACAAGUUGGCAACCUGGAGAUGAGAUUGUCAUUGCCAGCACUGACUACUCCAUGCACCAAGCUGAAGAAUUUCGCCUGCUGCCUUGCCCUGAAUGUCAGAAGAACCAAAUGAAGAUUGACGGAAUUCCACUUUACCUCCAUAUGGGUGAGAUUGUCGACGGUGUAGACAUGAGAGCGGAAGUUGGCCUUUUGACACGAAACAUCCUUAUACAAGGGGAAAUGGAGGAUUCCUGUUACGGACUAAACCACUGCCAGUUUUUUAGCUUUGAUACAUUUGGAGGACAGAUUAAAAUCCAAAGGAAUUUUACCUCUGUCCACAUGGCAGGAGUGGAGUUGAAAAACAUGGGCCAGCAAAUACUGGGCAGCUAUCCAGUGCAUUUCCAUCUGGCAGGAGAUGUGGAUGAGAGAGGAGGCUACGACCCGCCAUCCUAUCUUGACAACCUGGCUAUCCAUCACUGCUUCUCCAGGUGUGUUGCCAUCCAUGGAACCAAUGGCCUUCUGGUCAAAGAUACCAUUGGCUAUGACACCCUGGGGCACUGUUUCUUCCUUGAAGAUGGGACAGAGCAGCGGAACGUGUUCCAUCACAACCUGGGGUUGCUUACCAAGGCUGGCACAAUCUUACCAACAGAUCGUGAUGAAGCCAUGUGCCUUGCCAUGCGUGAUAAUGUCUAUGGAGACUAUGUUCCAGUACCAAGCAAGGAUUGCAUGUUGCCCCACCAUGAAGUUAUGAGAAACUGCUUUAUAUUGAGGGCUGUCAGUUCAUUCUGGAUUGCUAACCCAAAUAACCAUCUGAUAGACAAUUCAGCGGCUGGUGCACAGCAUGUCGGAAUAUGGUAUAUCUUCCACUGGGUUCCCACCGGAGCGUCGGAGGGACAGUAUCCAGCAGGGCAGUCUGAACUGACCCCCUUGGGAAGAUUUUACAACAACAGAGCCCAUUCCAACUUUAAGGCUGGCUUGUUUAUUGGGAAAGGAGUCAAGACAACGAAAGCUAGUGCUGAAAAUCCCCGAGAAUAUCUGACGGUGGAUAAUGCCAGGUUCCGUCCUCACCAGGAUGCUGACCCCAAAAAGCCUCGGGUUCCUGCUGUGAUUGAUGGCCUGGUUGCUUUCAAAAAUAAUGACCAUGGAGCCUGGGCAAGAGGAGGAGAGGUCAUCUUCCAGCACUGUGGCUUUGCUGACAAUGGGAUUGGACUAACUCUGGCUAGUGAUGGAACUUUCCCCAUAGAUGAAGGCUGCAGCUUAGAAGUGUCUCACUCUGUCUUUGUUGGUGAAAGCAGCAACGUUGGAUCCCAGGGAGGACAAAACAGCUACUGGGGGAGAGGAGCCACUGGAGAAUAUAGAACACUGCCCCGAAACAAGACCUUUCCAAUCCGUGGCUUCCAGAUAUAUGACGGUCCUGUCAGGUUGACAAAAAGUACAUUUAGGAAAUUCACUCCCACUGCUGACAGACACACAAGCGCACUUGGCUUCUUCAUGAAGAAUGCCUGGCAAAUAAGUCCUCAGAACAACGUCUCACUGAUCAGAAUGGAGAAAAGUGUUGGCCUCAAGGUGUUCCUGGGCAAGCGAGGCCAGUGGUUUGGAGAUAACAAUAAUGAUGGUGACAAAGUCUCCAUUUUCCAUGAUUUGGAUGGUUCUGUGACAGGCUAUCUGGACAGCUUUGUGGGCAGGGCAGACAACUAUUUGAUUCGUCACCCAGGCUGCCUAAUUGUUCCAAGGUGGAAUGGGAUGAUAUGCACUGAGAAAUAUGCACAGCUCUAUAUUCAAGCCUGGCGUCCUGAGAAUUUGACCUUAUCCAUUGCCAGAGCUGCAUAUGAUUCCCACCCUCUGAGGCUACAGGGAGUAAACAGAGGGGUAUCAUACCAACAAUACCAGCCUGUGGUGAUGCUGGAGCAAGCCUAUAUUGUCCAGUGGGAUGGCAGAGCACCAGAGGAGGUCAUCCUUUAUCCAGUCAACUUCAAUAGGGGAGACUGGAUUGACGUUGCCUUGUGCUACCCAAAGGGUACCGUGUUCACUGUUGUGGGAGACAUUUAUCAUCAACAGACAGGGAAGGCGCACAGUGUGAAGCACUACAUGGCGGCUUCUUCCCAUCUAAGCAUGUUGAACGGGACUGAUGAUGAACGGCUCUUUUAUUUUGACAAUGCAUCUGGGUAUCUCCUUGUCCACCUUCAAGCUCGUGAAUUUCGGAAGGGACACAGCUACUGCUCUCAACAUGGCUGUGAACGUCUUAAAAUAAUGGCCUCUAUGUCCUCUAGCCUUCCUGGGAGCUGUGCUCCAAAUCCCUUUUUGGAGAUAGAUUUCUGGAAGAAAGCUUCACAGCCGAUGAGGAUUUUGCAGCGGGCUCAGCCUUGCAGUCAGUGUGGUUCUUCUUGGGUUGCGAUCACUAGUACACCAUCAGUUGAAUAUAUUCGUAUUCAGAUUCAGUCUGCCAAGAGGGGAGAUGUGGAAAACUAUUCAAAGUUGGCUUUUAUUAAGAUCAAUGAUGAAGUCUUCUUAUUCCACAACCGGGGGAUGCUUUUUGUGGUUCUAGAUGCCUGCUCUGGCACAGUUGUGAGUCGGCAGCACUUUGAUACAGCCAUCGCUGCAAAGGCUGCCCGCACAGUUAUCAAUUAUGUUGAAAUGUCUAUAAAAGAAAGAUCAAUUGUUCUUGUUUGUACUAGAGACACCACAGAUGUAAUGGCAGCCUACGAGAUGCCCAUAUUUACAAAGUUAGGUUCUGCAAAGCCUGUUGUCUUCCACAAAAAAGGCAGUUUUGCUAUGCUUGGAUAUAAUGGAAACCCCAGACCCUCUUGGAUUAAAAUCCAUAGCCAAACCACUCAUCAGAAAUCUGCUUCCCUCCAAUAUUAUGUACCUCUGAGGUUGAGGGAAUAUGGAUGCUCAGCUGAUGUGACAAAACUUUAAGACUGUGUUAAACUAAGGGAGGACAUUAUUCCACACAGCCUGGCAAACCUGUGCAACUGGAUCUGCUGUGUCCAUUGCCUUACUUGCGGAAAGGGAGCAUAUCUCCAACAUUCUUGUUUAUAUAAGGAAACUGCAAUUGUACAGUAACUUCGUUUUACAAUGAAUAAAAUAUAUUCUGAU